AUGUCGACAUACGGUCAUGUGUCACUAAGGCCCGUAUUAUCAAAUACCAGAAUUAUAUUCGGAUUAUUACCAGGUCUUGGAGCUAUGAUUGUGCUCCGAAUGGCCAUACAUUUGUACAGACCAGACAUAGAAGAUGCUGAGCAUCGAGUGAGAGACCAUCCAUUCGAAAAACUUAACGAUUGUUACGACUUUAUCAUAGUUGGUGGCGGGUCAGCAGGAGCAGUAUUGGCUAAUAGACUUACAGAAAACCCAGAAUGGACAGUGUUGUUAUUAGAAGCUGGUCAAGAUGAAAAUGUACUAUCUGAAAUACCCGUUUUGUUUCCUGUGUUACAAACAUCAUCCAUAGACUGGCAGUUCAUGACUCAACCCAGUGAUGAAUAUUGUCUUAGUAUGGUGGAUAGGAGAUGCAAAUGGCCUCGCGGAAAAGUGUUAGGUGGUUCCAGUGUUUUGAACGCUAUGUUGUAUAUUAGAGGUAAUAAACGCGAUUACGACAGUUGGGCCAACAUGGGCAAUACUGGAUGGUCCUAUAAAGACGUAUUACCUUACUUUUUGAAAUUGGAAGACAUGCGUAUUCCAGAAUAUCAGAAUGAUCCAUUCCAUUCUACUGGAGGUCCGCUCACGAUUGAAUAUUUUGCAUAUGAACAACCAAUAACUAGGAAGAUUCUAGAAGCAGGACAACAGCUUGGAUAUAAUAUUUUGGAUGUAAAUGGAGCAUAUCAGACAGGAUUCACCCGCUCUCACGCAACUGUUCGCGAUGGUCUUCGAUGUAGUACCGCGAAAGCUUUUCUAAGACCAGCAAGUAAGAGACCUAAUUUACAUGUUAGUGUACACUCAUUGGUAGAAAAAGUUUUGAUUGAUGAAUAUAAAAAAGCAUACGGAGUGAAAUUUACUAAACAUGGCCAGAAACGUAUAGUGAAAGCCAGUAAAGAAGUGAUAUUGUCUGCUGGAGCUAUACAAUCACCACAACUUUUGAUGUUAUCAGGAAUUGGAGACUCCACACAUUUGAAAGAAGUUGGUAUAUAUCCGAUUGUGAAUCUAGCAGGAGUGGGUAAGAAUCUUCAAGAUCAUGUUGCUAUGGGUGGUCACUCUUUUCUUUUUGAUAAUCCUUAUGAUAAUGGAACAGACUAUUGUUUUAACUUAAAAACAGCAUACAUGUUAAAUACAUUGAUAGAUUUCGCAAUACAUAAAAAUGGAUAUUUGUACAGUAUGAUGGAAGCUGAAGCUAUGGCAUUUGUAAAUACAAAGUACCAGGACGCUACAGAAGAUUAUCCGGAUAUUCAAUUAUUUAUAGCUUCCACAGCAGACAAUAUGGACGGAGGUUGGUUUGGAAAAAGAGCGAAUGGUCUGACGGAUGAGGCUUAUGCUGCACUGUAUGAAGAUAUUUUAUACGAUCCAUCAUUUUCUAUAGUACCUCUGCUGUUGAGGCCUAGAAGUCGUGGUUACUUGAAACUUAAAGAUGCAAAUCCAUAUUCACCACCUUUAAUAUAUCCUAACUAUUAUUCAGAUCCACAGGACCUAAAAGUUAUGGUAGAAGGUGCCCGUAUUGUCCAAGCAAUAGUUGAACAACCAGCUCUUCGAGAACUUAAUGCACGCCCAAAUCCGAACAGAAACCCGGGUUGUACAAACUUCGAUCUGAUGUCGCAGGAGCAUUUGGAAUGUCAAGCGAGGCAUCAUACACUCACUAUAUACCAUCCUGUUGGGACUUGCGCUAUGGGACCCGUCGACAAUCCUAACAGCGUGGUAGAUCCGAGACUGAGGGUAUAUGGAGUGAACAAUCUAAGAAUAGUAGAUGCUAGCGUAAUGCCAACGAUAGUAAGCGGCAACACAAAUGCACCUGUUAUUAUGAUCGCCGAAAAAGCUUCAGACAUGAUAAAAGAAGACUGGAGCGACGUAGCAAAUUACGGAAGUAGUUGUCCACCGAUUUAUUAUAGCAGACAACAGCACGAUACCACAGAAAGCGAUGGACCAAGCAAAAUAACCCUGACUGGUAUACAUUCAGAUGUAUUCACUGAAACUUCUAACCUCUUCCCUCAUUUACCUACAGAUAAGUUUGAUGCAAAACCUACGAACAUUAAAAAUGUCGAUGACGAUGUUAAACCGCAAUUAAUAGCUCGUGAAUAUGAAGCUAAAUAUAAAGAAAUCAUUCCAAUACAUAACUCAAAAGAUGGAAAGGCCACCUCUGGUUUGGGACCUUCACGAAAUCAUUUCAAUCCCUACUUCUCUACCGGAAAUAUACCUUAUUAUCUUACGCCAUAUCCUUAUUGGAAAGAACCGGAUAGAUACAAUUUAGUAUCACAGGUAAAUUUUGGAGGAUAUUCUAAGAAAAAUCCGUAUCAAGCUGUUAUGAAUCGAUCAAGACCUAAGGUUAAACAAAACAAAAGACCUUAUAAGUUUCCCGUCAAUCAAAAACCAAUAUCAGCUUAUUACGGCUAUAAAGAUAAUGAAAUUCCACUAUAUUAUGAGACUGAAAAUAUUUCAACACCAAAAGGUCAGAAAUGUAAAGCGUGGUUAUACUACAACGGACUAAAAUAUGAAAUCGUAUUAUAA